CAUCAGAAGGCGCUGCCUUCCCAAAAGGAGGCUUCUGGGAACAAGUACGUCCUUUGAAAGGCACGGGAGCGAUCAGUGUCACUUAGACAGCUGACUUUCAAGCAGACGCACUAAUGGCUCGUGGUGGCCGAAGUGUCCCCUCUCGCACGGCGCCUAGCCAUGCCCCUUCUCAUACUCCUGCCCCUGCACCUCCACCACCUUCAGCUAUUUCAUCAGCCCCUGCUCCGUCACAGGGCCCUGGGUUGAUGGCCCAGAUGGCUACUACUGCAGCAGGAGUAGCUGUGGGAUCAGCAGUGGGGCAUGUCAUUGGGGGUGCACUUACUGGGGCUUUCAGUGGUAGCAGCUCAGAACCAGCAAAGCCAGCCACACAGGAGCCCCAAAAGCCCUCUGCUGUGCCUCAGCAGAUUCCACCACAACAUGGACCUUGUCAUUAUGAGAUGAAACAGUUCUUGGACUGUGCUACCACACAAAGUGACCUAACUCUGUGUGAAGGAUUCAGCGAGGUUCUCAAGCAGUGCAAGUCCAACCACGGUAUCUCUUCGCUGCUGUGAGAAUCAUCGGUUAUAUUUCUGUAAUUUAAAAUGUGAAGUGAUCAGCCUCUGCGAAUUUUAUUUUGUGCUUAGUACAUUCAUAUAACUUCUCCCUUCUAUCUAAUAAAGUAUUAAUAAAUUAGGUAUUUCUAUUUUAA